CUACCGCAUUAGCUUCACUGUAAUUUCGAUGUUUUUCUCCGCCAUCAGUGUGUUGGAGCACCGGCGACAGACAUCCACGGUCCUCCCUGAUGUCUUUAGCCUACCCACGGUGCUCUUCGCGCGGACUUCGAGCGUCCACUCGGCGAUUCUGAAGGAAGUGGCGACCCCGGCUAACUGACACCCUGCCUCUCCUGCCGGCCUCUCUCCUCUGCCCCCCCACCCCCUGCCAUCAUCGGAUCUCUGUCGUGCCGGCGGUGGAUUGGACCGCUCUCAUCGGAGGCUUCGUGCGGGGGGUUUUCGGUCUGGCGCCGCCUCCCCCUGGGGCCGGCGUGCGCUCCCAGCAGCCCGUGGUGCCCUGCGCCCCGCCCUCCCCAUCGCUGCACACCAGAGCCCAUGCCCAGGGAGGAAGCGCGGUGCGUCCGCCUGGAGCCAUGUGCCUCCCUCAAACCAACAACAUGGACAACAAGCUACAGGGGACGGGGACAGGGGGAGGAGCUUCACUUCAAUCACAAUCAGGAGGCGUUCCUCUGGAGCCCUUCAUACAUCAGGUGGGGGGCCACUCCAGCAUGAUGCGUUACGAUGACCACACGGUUUGUAAGCCUCUGAUCAGCAGAGAGCAGCGCUUCUACGAGUCUCUGCCUCCUGAAAUGAAGGAGUUCACUCCGGAGUAUAAAGGGGUGGUGCUGGUGUGCUUUGAGGUGGGCACCGACGGCUACAUUAACCUGGUGGCGUACCCCUACGUGGACAACAUGGAGGUGGGGUCCGGGGAGCACGAGGACCGCGACCCYCAGGAGAGGGAGCAGCCCCGAAGGAAGCACUCGCGCCGCAGCCUCCACCGCUCCUCCUCUUCCUCCGAACACAAGGAGGAGCGGGCCGAGCGACGGGAGGCGCACGACACGGACCCCUCCGAUAGCCUCGCAGAGCUGAAGAGUCCCCGGCUGGACCCCAAGAUCCUGUCAGACGUCCCCUUCCAGAUGCUGGACUGGAACAGCGGUCUGACCUCGGAGAAGAUCAGCCACAACCCCUGGAGCCUCCGCUGCCACAAGCAGCAGCUCAGCCGCAUGAGGUCCGAAUCCAAGGACCGCAAACUCUUCAAGUUCCUGCUGCUGGAGAACGUGGUGCACCACUUCUCCUGCCCCUGCAUCCUGGACCUGAAGAUGGGCACCCGGCAGCACGGCGACGACGCCUCGGAGGAGAAGGCGGCCCGGCAGAUGAAGAAGUGCGAGCAGAGCACCUCGGCCACACUGGGAGUCAGAGUGUGUGGCAUGCAGGUGUACCAGCUCAGCACGGGUCACUACCUGUGCAGGAACAAGUACUACGGCCGCGGCCUGUCAACCGAAGGCUUCCGCCAGGCCCUCUACCAGUACUUGCACAACGGGAAGGGCCUGAGGCGGGACCUCUUUCAGCCCAUCCUGAACAAGUUGCGCAGCCUGAAGUCGGUGCUGGAGAGGCAGGCGUCCUACCGCUUCUACUCGUCCUCGCUGCUCAUCAUCUAUGAGGGGAAG